GGGUGGUAAAGUAGGUUUGUAGAUUAUAAUUUUGUUAAAGGUCAAAUCAUAUGAAUAGUGAAGUCAUGUGAAAUGGAGAUUUGCAGGUAUUACAGAAAGAAUACAUGAUACAGCCUUGAUGUCCUUAUUGAUAUUCAUCCUCAGUCUGAGUAAAAAAAACAUAAAUCCCAUGCAUGACCUAAAUAUUAUCUGUAUACAUGAAAUGUAUGGUUAAUUGAAUUUACGGUAUGUUGAUAAAUUCACAGCUGAAGACAGAAACUAAUUAGUACAUUCAUGUGGUUUUUCUGGAACAGAAACUUCAAGUAGACGGACAUGUGGUUUGCAAAUGUGCUGUGAAAUGCUGUACAUGAGGUUGCACUUCAGCACAAAGUAAAAAAAGUCUCUAGCCUUGCUUGAUGUAUCUGUGUUCCUUAGUCUCUUUGGGCAUUGUAAAUUGGAUUUUUUUAGACGAUGGAGAUGCAGCAAAGACAUUCCAGGACACAGAAUGUGUAUGACAUGCCAGAGGAACAAACAAAAACUGAGGAAGUAUACCAGACUCUGCAACACCCACCAAAAGUGUCUACAAGAAAUGCUCCAGGGAAGAAGAUAACAGUGCUACUUAUCAUCAUGAACAUUUUACUGAUCACCAUCCUUUUGGUUACGGUAAUACACUACUACCACUUUAGACAUAGUGCGUCAGAAGUGUUAAACAACCAGAAGACUAACCAAGGCUGCCACCUUACACAAAGUGAGGCAGAAAUUUUGAACAACCAGAAGUCUAAUCAAGAGAUUUGGUAUCUCCAUGAUGGUACGUUCUAUUUGUUCUGGAGUGAUCACGGUGACUGUCAAAGAGCUGAACAGUUUUGUGCCGACAGGACAGCCAAUCUCGCAGUUGUAACCAAAUCCAACAUGGACUGGCUGCAAUCACAGAUCCAUGGGAAGCACAUGCUAGUGCAAAUAAAUGAGCCACAAAGAUCUGGAGAUGGUUUUCAUUAUGAUAUGGUUGAUUACGUGCCUGACUGCGAGCUGUUUGGCGCGACCUCUGACGUCAGUAAGCGGGUGGAGGGAUGGGUGUGUGAAAAAGCAAUGCAGUGGAUGAGAUUUUAAAGCUUUUCGAAGGUUUACAAAUGGAACACAGGACACGUUAUUUAGCAUUGGGGGAUGGUGGUGUCCCAUUGCGUGGAAGUUUACUAGUGUGCACGGUUAGAAAUCGUGGGAAUUUAAAGAUAGAAUUAAAGGAUUUUCAAAUUUACAAUACAUGUUUUACCAGGAAUGAACCAAAAGGAGUAACAUUUAACAGUAUCAGUAAAAAAUGUCAUUAUGUUUUUAUUUUCUAUUAGAACUUGUCAGCCUUUUUAGUGGUGAAAGAAUUUAUCUUCCUUACAUACUGUACUUCCGUCAGACACAAAUAGCAUCUAUUAAAGGGUUAAAUCUUCAGGUUUGUAAGGUUUUGUUUUGUUAGUUUUUUACAUUUCUGUUGUAUGUAAGUUGCAGUUAAUAGAUAACCACAUUGUACCCAUUGUAAAUGCACCAACAAAAAGCUCCUUGAGCGUGAAGUGAAACCAGAAAAAUAGCGAAAUACCGUUAAGGCAAAUAAUAAAAUGUCAUUUAAUAAUAGAGUGAAAAAAAAAAUGAUUUCAGCAACU